UAUUUUUCGCAUUUUAUAUCCUUUUAGUUUUAUCAAUAUAGCCGCAGAAAUUCAAAAUUAUUACAAAAAUAAUCAAAAAUAGUCGUUGCCAACCCAAUUUUUGUUCCAUCUUCUUCCUUGUUCUUCUGGUUCUUUAAGUUAUCUAAGGAAAAAAAAUUAUUUUUAUUUUUUUAUUUUGUCAAUAUCAGAAUUAUAUGCGUACACGGCUUGAAAAAGCGGGUGAAUUGGUGGGAAACAGGUGAUAAUAUGUCCAAUGAAGCUGCCGCUGCAUGUGGUGGUACCGCGGUUGUCGGAGGCGGUGGUGGAGAGGAGGUCGGAAAUUCAUCGGGUGGUUCGUCGCCAAAGAAUAGAAUGAAAUUUUUGUGUAGUUAUGGCGGGAAAAUUAUGCCCAGAAUGGCCGAUGGUCACCUUAAAUAUGUUGGCGGAGAGACACGUGUCAUCGGCGUUCCUAGAGAUAUUAAUUUCUCAGAGUUAAUGAAGAAGCUUAAAUCUGAAUUCGAAGGGGAUAUGAUCCUCAAGUACCAGGUAAUACCCGAAGAGCUUGAUGUUUUAGUAUCUGUAAGAACCGAUGAGGAUCUGAAGCACAUGAUGGAUGAAUAUGAUCGUAAUUACGAAAGCGGAGGAACUGCAAAGCUUCGAGCUUUUCUAUUCCCUUCCGUUCCUGUUGUACUCGACAACCAAAUCGAUCCUCAUGCAGAACAGCGUUACAUCGAUGCAAUCAACAAUACAGUUCGUUCAGUUUCCAGUUUUCGACAACCUCCUCCGAUCAUAGCCAAUCGCCCUUCCUUUAGCCUUUCGGCUUCGUCUUCUCCGAGAGCUAAUUCCCCUGAUGCCAACACUAUGGAUACUGCUCUGCCUCAUGAACCCACAUUCUAUCACCAUAGCAGAUUUCCUAUGCAUAAAGUGCAUAGCUCUCCGAGUCUCUACAGCCUUAACGCACCACACCAUCAAACUAGUAAUCAUAGCAAUCACCAUUACCACCCGCCGCAUCACCCUCAUCAUCAACACCACCAACACCACCACCAACAUAGCUACCAAUCUUCAUCUAGGCCGCAUCAUGAAAAUCAUAGACUAUCCCCGUCUUUGUCGAUGGGACGGCCCGAGUUUGGGAGGGCAGGUUUUGGUCCUUCAAAUCAAUACCACUCUAAUGUGCAUAGCGGUGCAGGAAGCUCGAAUAUACAUAGUAAUUGGAGCUCGGGUGGACAUAAUAAUAACUUUGGAGGUGGAUUCAUUAAUAAACACGAGCAGUCUAGUAAUUACGGGUGUAGAACGAUUGAGAGAUUGGAUAGUCUUCCUUCAAGUCCUAAGAGUAAGCUUCUCGAGUAGAUCUUGAGAUAUAAUAGAUUGGAAUGCGGUGUACGAUUAUAUAGUAAGUAGAUGAAUUAAAGAGCUUAAAGAUGGUUUAUAUGUAGUAUUUUGCCUUCUUUUUUUAUAUAUAUUCUUUGUUUGUUCUUCCUAAAGAAUAAAAUAAAGUUUUGUGUAUAGUUA